AUGGGCAAACAGAAGGCUGUGUACCGCUGCAUUCAAUUAGGAUUUGAGCGCUACACCGAACCAAGAAGAUGUGUGUCGGCUUCGCGUCGACGGCAUUGCUGCCCACACCACCACUGCCAGCAAUACCGACACCACUCUGGUGGGCCACCAGUGUGGAGUCGAUAG